AUGCCUGGUAGCUUAGAAGAACGAUACAUUAGAUUUGAAGUUAUCAGCGGAAAGAAUCUUAAAGUCACUUCUCAGCGCAUUCCUGCAGACAUUUACAUAUCCAUCAAUGUUGAUUCCCGGAGACGCUGGAAAUCGUCCAUCAGUGUCUUAUCAUCUGAUGAAUCUGUAACGUGGGGGAAUACCUCCCUUGUAGACAGCGAGAUCUCUCGAGACACGGAUGCAGGCCACGCACAAUUUGCCGAAUACACGUCGAGCAGGACAGUCUCUCACCUGAACGAUGCUGUCCAGCAUUUUCAGUCGGUUCUUGACCGGCGACCAGUCGACCAUCCUGAUCAUGCAGCAGCUCUCACCAACCUCGCCCCUGCAUUGCGUCCACAGGGUCAUCCCGAUCGGGCACCAUCCAUCUAUAAUCUUAUUACAGCAUUGAUCUUUCGCUACAGCAGUGAGCCUACCGCCGUCUACAUUCACGAAUCCGCGCAGCUGUGCUACAAGCUACUGCCCCUCUGUCGAGAGGGCACCUACCUUCAUAGCGUCGGCGUAGACAGUGCGGUCGAUUACGUGAUCCCUACAUGCAAUAAUCUUCCAAUCGACGCAUCCGAUGAAGGCAUCCACCUUCGACGAAACGUGCUGGAGUUCUGUCCUAUGAAUGCACACAACUCGGUCGUGAAGCUGUCUCUCUGUCUGAUGGACAUUCUGACUAAUGUCUACCUGAACGACUUGGCCCUCUCACUCGUGAAUCACCAGGGCAAACUUAAUGACCUCGAUGAGGCCAUCUGUUUCCUAGGGGUCGCCCUCAUCGCCCUAUUCCACAAACGCGGCGACAUUGAUGACAUCAUCCGAGCUAUCAGUCUCUAUCGUGAGGCACUGACAUUAUACCCACCCGGGCAUCCACAUCAUGACACCACGCCUAGCAACCUUGCCCUCGCGCUCAAAACCAGAUAUGUUAAGUUGCAUGUCAGCGAGGACCUCAACGAGGCCAUUGAUCGGUAUCGCGAAUCCCUUCAGUUAAUGCGGCAUGACUAUCCAGAGCGCCGUAGAAUUCUUGUAAAUUUGAGCUCGGUACUCUGCUCUCGUUUCACGCAUACUCGGAAGAAUGAAGAUGUCGUGGAGGCCAUCACUCUUUGCCAAGAGUCAUUGGCAGCUCUGCAUGCACUGCACCCACAUAAAAUAUUCAGCUACUGGUGGCUGCAGGUGGCUUAUCAGUUUCGUUACCAGAUUCUACAUGACCCUGCUGAUUUGUUACUUGCAAUGGAUAACCUCAGACUAGCAUCAGGACAUGACACAUACGGCUUUCCGGAACACGUCAAGGCAGCCUGA